GGCGUGGCUGAGGUUCAUAAUGCAUGCAAUGAUGGCUGUGAAUCUGCUUCAUUUUCUUGUGAUAUUUUGUUGUUUUAUUGAAGCCAGGAGUCUCAGAGUCCUCAAUAAAACUGAGAUAGAACAAUUAUCAACUACUGGUUGCAUAUUACUCGGUCUGUCUGAUACCAGUCCGUCCCUAACCUCACUCCUGGAGGAAAUAGCAAGUGUGUAUAAAGAAGAAAAGACUGUUACCAUUGCUGCUGGAUCACGUGAUGACAUUACCUGGAACAAACCUGGAAAUGGCGGGAAAUUUGCAGAAGUAGCUUUCUACAAGUGCCAGCCAUUGGACCGCUCCUGUCUCCUCAGUGUAGUCCACAGACCCACAGCUGAGCCGUACACUGGUCCACUGGUCGCUGACCAAUUGAUCAUGUUUUUAAAUUAUCACUGUCACUCUUACAGGAAGGCAGGCGGUGGAUUAGAGUCUGGAGGGAUCCUCAGAGAGUCACUGCUAGCUGGACAGUACAGGAUAUCAGAGAAUGAAGAGUCUUGCUCUAUUGUGGACUCCUCUUUAACAAAGUCUGAGUUUUUCUGGUCUUUCCUAUCGGUUUCACGUCCUGUGGUUAUCAGAGACGCGAUCAAUAAGUGGCCAGCAAUGAAGAAAUGGAGUAUGGAGUAUUUACGUGAGAAGUACGGCCUCAAAGAGAUACAUGUGAAGAUUACGCAAGAUGGGGUUUUUGAAGGUGUUGAAGCAGCCUCACUUUGGCCUGGGUACUCUGAUAGCUGGAUACCAGAGCGGGUAAGAUCCCAGCUCUCUUUCCCUGAGCUGGUAGUCGUAAGACCUGCCACUGAUGAAAUGCCUUUUGGUGAUUUCCUUGAUCUAGUAUCACUGGGUCGAAACAAGAGUGGAGCAUCCAGCUAUCUCGAGUACUCAUCCAUUCCAUCAUAUCUACCUGCAUUAGAGAGUGAUAUAGAGACUCUCUCGUUUGUUGAGGAUCUCUUGGAAAGGAAGCAUCUUAAUAUUUGGCUAAGUGACGGAGAUACACUUGGGAAGCUUCAUUUUGAUCCAUAUGAUAAUUUACUGUGUCAGUUAUCUGGUGAGAAGCAUCUGACGCUGUUUGAACCUUACGAUAAUAGGAACUUGUAUGAAGCUCACAUACCAGAGGCUCUGCUUGGCUAUGAUAAGAAGAGACGUAAGGUUUUUCGUAAGAACCUCCUUCAGAGUACCUCAAUGGUGAUGUCUCCAGUGGAUAUUCUUGAUCCUGACUACAAGAGGUUCCCAUUGUUUAGGAAAGCAAAGAGACUCCAGUGUGUCCUAAGGCCUGGUGACGUUCUGUUCAUGCCAGCUUUUUGGUGGCAUGAAGUUCAGUCUUAUCCUGACCCGAUUCAGCAUAGAAACUUAGCUAUCAAUUACUGGUAUGCCAUCACUCACUAUAGAGCUAUUGCAGCUUUUCAUUUCCUACAACAUUGCAUUGGUCAUUGGUAGGACUUGCCAAAUUAUCUUUACUUAGCAAACUCACUGCCAAAUCAACUGCUCACAUGCUGUAACAUGCAAGAUUUAU